AAACCUUGUAAUUUUUUUUUCUAAAAUUGAUAUACUAUGUAAAAUAGUAGGUACAGUUGCGGAAUUAAAAUUUCGGGCAGUAUUGUCAUUUUCACAAUGUAAACUCUAAAACAACCUUUACAUUAAUAACCUCAUUUUUUACUCCUGUCAUGUUUAUGUCAUUUUGUCUUAUAAAAUAGCGUCACUGACAAAAAAGUUUAAUUGUUAAAUGUCAGUCAUGAUGACAGUAAAAGAAUGUCUCGUAAAACCAAAAGGAAGCACGUCUUCAAAGAAGCACUUGAUGACGACUUGUCUUUACCAACGGAAAAUCAGACCAUCGUCAGAAUCCUUAGUACCAAAGGCAACAACUUACACGAAGUUUUAGCACCGAACCAGUCCACUUAUUUGGUGUCCAUGCCCACAAAAUUCCGUAAAAAUAUAUGGGUGAAACGUGGCAAUUACGUCCUCGUUGAACCAAUCAGCGAAGGUGAUAAAGUAAAAGCCGAAAUAGUGCGAAUUUUGACAAAUGAACACAUCAAAUGUUACAAAGAAGACAAUGUAUGGCCACCGGAAUUUAACGAUGAAAAGAAUCGUGAAGAAGAUAGUGAUUUGUUAGUGAAUACAAAUAGACUUCAAAUACAAGACGAACAAUCAUCUAGUGAUACCGACAGUGAGGAUUCUAGCGAUAAUAAAUAAAUGCAAUUUUUAAUAACUUAUAUUUGAAAUAAAAUAGUUUUUACAUUGCUUGA